GAUAACAUAAAUGCUAACGAUAACCUAUUUGCUUAUAAGUAUUAAACCAAUCACCUAAGUAAUCACCAUUUUAAAAGAUUUUGUACGAACUCAGACGUUCUUUUAACAUGGAACUCGACAAACUCCUGCACGAAAAAUUCACAAACAUUUUCAAAAAAGGCUACAUAACGGUGGAAGGUACCACUCUCACUGAAAGAUACGACGACGUGAAAGAAGACUUAGAUAAUCUAGAAGUCAACGAAAGCGACGUUUGGAUUUGUACAUUUCCCAAAGUUGGUACAACGUGGACGCAAGAAAUGGUGUGGAUGAUCAUCAACAAUCUGGAUUUUGAAGGUGGAAAAGUGAACCUAGACGAUCGUUGCCCGUUUAUAGACUUUUCCUUCGUCUUCGACGAUCGAGAAUGGCAUGAUCAAAACCCUGAAGAAAAUAAUUUUCCUCCAUGUGUGCACGACCCGAUUGGGUUGUACAAAAGUUUGAAAAGUCCAGUGGUCGUGAAAACCCAUCUACCUCUGGUUUUGUUGCCCAAGCAGAUACGGAAUGGUUUGAAAAAACCAAAGGUGAUUUAUGUGUCACGCGACCCAAGAGACGCCUGUAUUUCUUUUUACCACCACUGUCGACUCCUGGAAGGGUUUUCUGGAAAUUUUGACGAAUUCUGCGAACUAUUUUUAGCCGGAAAAAUUAUGUAUGGUCCGUUCUGGAAGCACGUUCUCCCAUACUGGAACCUGAGACACUCCCCCAAUUUGCUUUUUAUCAAGUACGAAGAUAUGAAGACCAACUUAAGCGGAGUUGUUCGCACAGUCGCUGGAUUUUUGGAGCGCCCUUUAACCGAAGAAAAGGUUCAAAUUUUGGCCAAACAUCUUAGUUUUGAGUCGAUGAGCAAAAAUAAUGCUGUUAAUAAGGAAUUUCUGAGUGACUUCACCAAAAAAUUUAAGUUGGCACAAAACUGUCCUGAGGGAAAAUUUUUGAGGUCGGGGAAAACGGGAGAACAUAAGACUGCGAUGUCGCCAGAAAUGUUAAAGAAAUUCGAGGAGUGGAUCAAAAUCAACAUUCAAGAUACCGAUUAUGUUGUAUAGUUGUUGGAGCUUUUUUAUUGGAUGCAAAUUUGUUAUAAAAUAAAUAAUUGCUGAGUGGAAGAA